AUGGGUGGUAGACGAUUGGAAGAAGCGAUUUCCAAGUGUGAAUCCACUGAGUUGGGGUCACUUCGUUUAGAAAGGGUUGGUAUUUUUGUGCGUGUGGAAGAAGAAGAUUCUAUUACGGAUUCUUGGUGGGUUGGGGAGACAGAAAGAUCCACUUCAUCACAAUUUGGAAAUGAUGAUUCAUCCAGCUCGAAGCCACUCUCAUCCAUCUCUGGUUCCGCCCCAAAUGGACACACGUCUCCGGAAUUUUCAGUGGAGCUGAUUUUAAUUAUAAAGGAAAAUAUUAUGUAA